AUUUACAGAGCUCAAAAACCUAAAUAAAGGGCACAUCUGCGGCCGCCGAGCUAACUCGCCUCACCGGCGUUGUUCAUCCUUAAUCUCUCUGUUUCAUCGUUUUCCAGUAAAGCAGGCGAACAGUGAAGUCGGCUUCAUGGGGGGCGAUGGAAAAAGGAAGGGGAGAGCAGCGAAUAAGCGACAGAGACCCAUGCCUGGAAUGGCCGAUGACAGGGUCCGAAUCGAUAAAAGAAUGAAGAAAUUGUUCCAAAAAAGGGCGAGGGACUACAACUCGGAGGACGAUGAAGGCGAAGAGGAGGAACGCCUUCAGGCAGCGGAUACGGCUGAAGUCAAGAGGUUGAACAAGAGCGCCGACGAAAUCGAAGGCGACUUUUCGGAGGGCGGCGAGGAAGAGACUGAAGGACCUGAUGAGGCUUCGGAAGAUGAAGACGGCGCGAUUCAGCCUGGAAUCAUGAAAUUUGCGGACGGAAUUAAGGCUUUCAAACUGGCGUUUAAGAAGAUUGUUAGGAAGAGCGGCGGCGACGAUGAUGUUUUGGGUCCUGUGUUAUCUGCACAUAAGAAGCUACUGGCUGAGAAGCUUGCGGAAGAAGAAGUAGAGAAAAAAGUGAAGGGAGAGGUUAAGAAGGAGAAGCGCCUGACAGGGGAGAAGGGACAUGUCAAGCCUGCAAACUACUUGGAUGCUCACGAAAAGUUCUUGUUGGGAGUUGCUACAAAAGGAGUGGUGAAGCUGUUUAAUGCUGUAAACAAAGCACAGAAUGCUCAAAAGGGUUUGAAUCCGAUGAGAUCAAAAGAUGAGAAGGUAAUAAAGAAGCGAAGGAAGGAAGUAUUCUACUCUGAGUUGGGCACGGCACCAUCACAGUCGACUGGAGCUGCUGCUAAGGUCGGCAUUUCAACAGGGUGUGUGGAUGGUGAAGCUCCGGCAUGGGCACCUCUGCGUGAUAAUUACAUGCUGACAAACCCCAAAUUGAAAGAUUGGGAUAAGAUGCAGGAUACAAGUGGUGCCGGAGAUGGGCUGGAGAGAAGUUCGGACACAGAUUCUUCUUCUUCAUCAUCGGACGAUGACAAUGCUGACUGAUUAACGGUCGGGUCGGUCUAGUAAGUUGUGUUGUGGCAUGGGCCAAUGCAAUUUUGUUGAACAAUACAUAUAUAUAACGGCAGGUGGCUAAGCUAAAGAUCUUCUCUACGCCUCUCCACAGUUCAAUUCACAGUUAAUGUAAUUUAAUUCUCUUAUGAUUCCUAUAUCCUGAGUUUACAAAUGGAAUUGAUUUCAUCAACUUUUUAUUUAUUUA